AUGUGGUUUUGUUUAUUACUUCUAUUUAUUUCAUUUUGUAAUGGUGAAUAUUGUAAAAAAGUGGAAGGGAAUGAUACUGUAAUCUAUGUAAAUGCUAGUUGUAGUGAUUCUACUUUAAAUUCAAAAGAAUUAACAGGAGAUUAUACUAAAUAUUCAUCAGUUAUUAUUUCAAUGAAUAAUUAUAUUGCCAAUGUGUGGUUUUAUUUUGGUUCAAGAGAUAAUCCAUUUAAAGCAAAUAAAGUUAUUGUACUAUUAGAAGAAGGAAUUAGCAAUAAUUAUUAUCUAUACUUUAGAAGUAUUGAAACAAAUUUUGAACUUGAAUUAAUCAAAAAUUCUUAUUCAUUUGAAAAAGUUCAAUUUAAUUUCUAUAAUGGAAAUAGUCCAACAAGAAUAACUGGAGAUGUUGGUGAGUUGUGGGUUGGUGGAAAUGAUUAUUAUGAUUAUAAUUACCAUUUACCUAUUCAACGUACUUAUAUUAAUUCAAAUCCUGCUACUUUAAUUGCUGAUUUUAGUUAUGUUAAUUAUGGUAUAUGGUAUUUAAUAUCAUCAUAUGAAGGAUCAAUCAAUAAAAUAACACCAAAUUCAUUAUCAAAUAGUAAAUAUUUUAAUCAAACAUGUGGUGGAAUGGUUCGAUAUUUUAGUUAUAAAAGUAUCGAAAUUCAUGAUAUAACAACAGAAUGUAAUCAUCAAUUUAAAAAAAAUGAAGAAGAUGAUUUCAAUUUAUUUAUUGUUACUACUACUGUAUCUUUAUCUGAUUAUAAUUAUCAAAUAUCAUUAUCAACAAAUAAUUAUAUUAUUAGAAAUAACUAUAACCCAUCAAAUAUUCAUACAAUAUAUACAUAUCCUAAUCAAUGGUUAAAAUAUGAAUCAACAAAUCAAACAAAAUUUAAUAUUUAUAGAAAAAAAGAACCAUAUCAAAAAAUUGAAUUCAGUUUAAGAAUUGAAUCAUCAAAUGAAGGAACAACAUCAAUUAAAGAAGUAGAAAAUAAUGAUAAAUCAAUUUCAACACUAAUUAUUUCUUCUUCAAAACCAUUAACUAGUUUAACUAAUGUAAAAUUUUCAGAAACAACAUUAACAACAAAGAAAAGUCAAAUAAUGA